AUGGAGGCUUCCAGUCUCACCAACAGAAGCAAGGCCCUCUCGUUUCUCUUUAGAAAGCCAAGCGGUACCAUGGACCUCAGUCGAUAUCACAACUGGGUCAUCAGUAGCCUGCCGCAGCUGUGGAAGCGAGAUCCUGAGUCUCUGGCUACCAAAGGCUACGGUGCCAAUCAUGCUAUAUCCGCCCAACAGGGAGUUGGCUUUGUCGACUUGACAUCGUUCCUGUUCUCGGAGUCCGACUGCCGAGGCCUGCAAUAUUCUUCCUCAACACCGGAUGCUGGGUUCGAUCUAUCUUCGCUGGCCCUUAAUGACGAAGAGAGCAAGAAGUUUUUACACAUAUUUUGCAGGGAAUGUACGACAGAAGUAGGCUUGUACAAUGUUGCGGCAUUGUCUGUCACAUUGUUCAAAUGGAAAAUUACUUGCCAAACCAAGACCGCAGACCCUAGCCCAAGCAGUUCCGAGUGUCUUGCAGCAACUCUGCUGGCUACGAUUUCGAGGUCGGGGUCAUCCAAGUCUAUUAUCACGCCGCAUACUUCUGGGAUUGCAAACCCCGAAGCAGUUUCUCAUAAGAACCUUCAUCUCUGGGUAUUGAACCCCAAUGUCGUAUAUACAGCGUCCUCUACCGCUGAUCGCAAGACGGCGAUGAAGAUACUCUACAAGCAUAUCGAUCUAUUAGAGGCUGAGAAGCUUCUCACGUCCAUGACCUCAGAUGUUCAGGAGAUAAGUUUGCCCGAGGAAGCUAUCAAAGCAGCAGAUAAUCGCUUGUUAUGGAGCAGUGAAUUACUACCCGUUCAAGAAAGGACUUUCAAGGAGUGGCAAGUGGGACUGCUUCAGAGAUGGGAACCUGCGUCUUGA